UGUUUCUGUUUAACUUGUAGCAUAUAGCAGUGAAAGUACUCUUCAAGUUUAUAAUAUUUUUCAUAUUGUUCAGGAUUUAAUGCAAUGAAAAGUUUCCAUGACUAAGUAGCUGUUUGUUUUAGUAUUUUGCUUGUUGGAUGUUCAUACGUAUAAUCGAAAGAUGAGUCUCUGAAACAAAUAUACCAAAAAUGAAUAAGAGCUCUUGCUUUGAAAGGGAUAUACCUUCUUUAUUUUAUGUUAUUUUAUUAUUGAUAAUCUCGCCUAAUAUAUGCAAAAGUACUACUUAUACCGACAGAUUUGAUGAAAAACUUUUAAUAAAACCUUUACCAAGUGGUCAUGUGUACACAUAUUUUAAAUUUAUUGUUGAAAAGGAUCUAAAUGACGAUGAUGAACGUGAUUUUCGGCACUUUCGUCUGUUCCCUCGCUCUCUUGGUGAAAUAAUAUUUGAACAUCAGGUUCAAGAAUUACACUUUAGUUUAACGCAAGGUCUUUGGAGAUAUGAAAAGUGGGGAUUUCCAGUUAGGAGUGCUCCUCCAGGUGCAGAAUUAUGGGCAUUAUUCAAAUGCAAUGCUUCAGAGAUUAAUUCCAAUUGGAAGAAAUUGACUCAUGUUUUAUCAGGUCAGUUUUGUGCUUCCUUAAAUUUUAUUGAUGAUUCUAACACUGCUACUCCAGAGCUUUCUUUUCGGCCUGAAGGUGUGAUUCCUUUACAUGAACCAUACAAUGCAAGCUUUGCUAGGUAUUCUGCUUUACCACGUGAAAUAGUCUGCACUGAAAAUCUCACCCCAUUUAGAAAACUAUUGCCAUGUGGUGCUCAGGCUGGACUGUCAACACUCUUAAAUGCUCUAAACAUUUUUAGUGCUAAUUAUGUAUCUGUGGCUGUUGAUGUGCGUAGAGUGUGUAAGGAAAACUGUAAAAAAAUUGCCAUAGAAUUGAUCCAAUCAGUAUCAAUUGUUUUUGAUCCUCCUGUGAAUCAACAGAACAAACAAGAUUGGUCUUUUGUUAAACUUUUUGGGUCAAGUCUCUUGAGUACAUGCCCAGUAGCUGCAACAAGUGAAGUUUUUGUGGAUGUAUCAUCAAAUAAAUCUGGAGUUCCUUUUACUCUGAAUCAUGAACCACAUGAAGUGAUCAAAGAAAGUUUUGAUAGUGAUAUUAGAUUUAAAGGAUUUAGAGAAUAUGGAAUUUAUAAUCUGAAAAAGAUGUUUGAAAAUUCAAAAUAUGUAAAUAUUGGUGCAGCAUAUAAAAACAUUCAUAUAUAUGGAAUAAUACCACCUCCAAUUUUCUAUGUAAAUAGAAAAGUUUCUGGAUAUGGGCAAGAACAAGGUGGAAUUCACUGUACAUUUUUCAACAAUGAUCGCAUAAAACCACUCAAGAUUAUCUAUUAUGACGUGGUUCCGUGGUAUUUACGCUUAUACAGUCACACUUUGUCUAUUAAAAGUGAUGGAAAAAGCCUAACUCCAGAUUACUUCCACUAUCAGCCAGCAAAAGAUCGUAAGAGACCUCAUCAUCUUGAGCUGGUUUUAAUUCUUCCUCCUAAUUCUAAGACUGAAAUGAGCAUUGGAUUUGAUUUUGCCUUUCUAAAAUGGACAGAGUAUCCUCCUGAUGCCAACCAUGGAUUUUAUGCAGGAUCAGCUGUUGUCACCACCGUAUUGGAUACAUUUAAAAAUUGUUCUAAAUUUCCUGGAAAUGAACACCUAGGAAUUAGCAAAAGGAUCUUGCGAAUGUACACACAGAUUUUGCUGGUAUCUUUACCUACUCCAGACUUUAGUAUGCCAUAUAAUGUAAUCUGUCUUACUUGCACAGUUGUUGCUUUAGCUUUUGGACCUAUCCAUAACAUAACGACUAAGAGCUUACAGCCUAUUGAAGAGGGUAAAGAAGUUUCAUUUAUGACAAAGGUGAAGAAACAGUUAAAAAAAUUGUGGAAGUCAAAAGAUAAUAAAGAGACUACUGAAGAAGUUUCUGAAGAAGUAAAGAAAACCCAAUAAUGCAAACUAUAUUUUGCUUAGUCAUUUUUCAUUUGUAAGUAUCAUUCUAAAAAAUAAUUAUGUUGAAUGAAUUUGUAUUAUACUUAAUAAAACAUGGAUCAUUUGUUGUA